AUGAUGCUAUCUGACAGCACGGACUCUUCCCUAGUGAAGUGUUUGACGCCUCUAGCGUCAAAAUGCACUGUCGUCUUUCAGUCUAACGGGGCCCCUGCCACAUUUCAGCGCUUCCCGUCGGCUGAGGAGCUGAGGCUCUUUCUUCAGAAAGAUGUGUUGAUUGCGGAGCAGGGAUGCGUGUGGGUGGACAUGCAGGGGUGCACUGAGGAACACAACCGCAUGGUCCUCCAGCUGCUCUUCCCGCACAUGGAGCCAUGUCAGAUGGAAGGGGUGCUCAGCCCUGACACGUAUGACGCAGUGGAACUGCAGCCGGUGAAAGGGGAGUACCUCAUUGGCGGCAUCGCGUGUGCAUGUGGUCAGCGACGAUGUGCACCUGACAUGGAUGAUGAGGAGAAUACGACCGUCUGCUCCUUUGCCUGCAACAACAAUAUUUUGCUGACGAUGCAUGCAGUCCCGUUUCUCGGUCUUGCGGAAGCGCUGCACCAAGUGAGGAUGGGGGCUGGCUGUGUCAGUCAGGAAUCACUGCCUGAGUUUCGUGAGUUGCAGGCACCCGACAUUGCCACCAUGAGGGCUUCAGCGGUACUCUGCGUGCUGGUGUGCUUUACGUGCGAGACGUACCUCCCCAACCCCACUGGGCUAAUCAGUGAGGUGGACUGCAUUGACGAGAUGGUGAUGCUUGUUGCGCCCGGCAGGAGUGACCAGCCGGAUCUCCUGCGCCGCAUUUCGAUGCUGCGCCGCCGCAUGUCGGCGGAGAAUGCGCGGCUGUACCUGAAGGAGAAGCUGCUGCAGGAGUUGAUGGGCCCCACCAUGCGCACGACGUUUGUCUCACAUGACCCCUGUGUGAUGCAGGCGUACCGAGAGGUGUUUGCGGAGCUCUCGCAGGUGCUGGAGCGCAUGGAGGUGGCGCGUGACUCGUUGAACCAUGUGAAUC